AUGUCAGGAAAACAGCCCAUCCAGCGUCGCCGCAGACACUCGGACGUCGUCGACCCAAAACAAGCCGUCGAUCUCGCCACGGCACAGACCUACUCUGAGAAUGUCUUUCUCUUCGUGCCCAACCUUAUCGGCUACUCGCGGGUCCUCCUCGCUGCUGUCGCGCUGCAUUUCAUGAGCUACCAUCCGAAGUACUGCACGCUCGCGUACUGCAUCUCCUGUCUGUUGGAUGCCGUGGACGGCCAGGCGGCGCGGGCGCUGGGCCAAACCUCAAAAUUCGGUGCCGUCUUGGAUAUGGUCACCGACAGAUGCACCACGUCGUGUCUCCUAUGCUAUCUGGCCUCCGUAUACCCAGACUUCGCCCUCUUCUUCCAGUUCCUGAUCGCUCUGGACUUCGCGAGCCACUACAUGCACAUGUACAGCUCGCUCGUCACGGGCUCGCGCAGCCAUAAGCUCGUCACGAGCGACGUGAGCCGGAUCCUAUGGCUGUACUAUAACGAUUCCCGGACGCUGUUCGUGAUCUGCGCGGGCAACGAGAUGUUCUUCGUCGCGCUGUACCUGAUGAAGUGGGUGCAGACGCCAAUCGGGCUCGGGCACCCGCUCGUGGAGGACCUGACGUGGCCGCAACUGAUCGCGAUCCCGACGGGGAUCAUCUCGUUCAUCAAGAACAUCAUCAACGUCGUGCAGCUGUGGAAGGCGUCGAAGAUCCUGGUGGGGGUGGACCUCGCGGAGAGGAAGCAGGCGCGGGAGGAGGGGAUGCGGUCCAAGGCGUCGUAA